CACGGUCCUUUCGCAGGAUCGGAACUAGCCGCUACCAUUAGAUGAUCCGUGCCAUAGCGGCUUCGCCUAGAGCCUGUCUGGGGUGUCUGCUCUCCCCGCGCUCACUAUGGCUCUGAGGGCCCGCGCCCUCUAUGACUUCCGAGCGGAGAACCCGGGGGAGGUGUCCCUGCGGGAGGCCGAGCAGCUGACUCUGUGCAGCGAGCAGGACAUCGAGGGCUGGCUGGAAGGAGUCAACAGCCGGGGGGAAAGAGGUCUUUUCCCGGCCUCCUACGUGGAAGUGAUCCACACUGAGCCUAACAGCCCCCCUCCUCCGCCCCCUCCUCCCGUGGAUAACCGCUACGCCAACCUCCCCACUGGAGGCUACGAGACUCAGUCCCACGGCCAGCCUUACCGGGGAGCGGACACCUUCCAGCAGAGCUCUGCUGCACCCCCGCUGGGCUUCUCUUACCCCGGGGGUGCCCUACAGCCCCGACCGACCUCACUCAGCUACCAGACCAGCCAGCCCAGCGACGACGACUGGGAUGAUGAAUGGGACGACAGCAGCUCGACGGCGGCCGAUGAGCCCGGAGGGGUCCCGACUCCUGGAUACUAUGGCGGUUUCCAUGACUACGACGGCGCCGGCAGCUCCAGGUACCGAAUGUCCACUCGCUCCGAGCUGCCCCCGGGUUCCUACGCCACCAGCGCGUCAUUGGCCUCCUCUCAGGCGGGCAAGGGCUCGGCCACGGUCAGCCGCAACCUCAACAGAUUCUCUGCCUUCGUGAAAACCGGCGGUGAAGCGUUUGUGCUGGGGGAGGCGGCCGGUUUUGUCCGGGAUGGGGACAAGCUGUGCGUGGUACAGGGCCCUCACGGUCCCGAGUGGCAGGAGAACCCCUACCCGUUCGGCUGCACCAUUGACGAGCCCACCAAGCAGACCAAGUUCAAGGGCAUGAAGAGCUACAUCUCCUACCGCCUGCUGCCCAACCACACCGGCCUGCAGGUCUACCGCCGGUACAAGCACUUCGACUGGCUAUACGCCCGCCUGCUGGAGAAGUUCCCGGUGAUUUCGGUGCCCCGCAUCCCAGAAAAGCAGGCGACCGGGCGUUUCGAGGAGGACUUCAUCUCCAAGCGCAGGAAGGGCUUGGUGUGGUGGAUGGACCAUAUGUGCAGCCACCCGGUGCUGUCCCGGUGUGACGCCUUCCAGCACUUCCUGACCUGCACGGACGAGAAGGCUUGGAAACAGGGCAAGAGAAAGUGCGAGAAGGACGAGAUGGUGGGAGCCAACUUCUUUCUGACCCUCAGCACCCCCCCAGGGGCAGUUGUUCUGGACCCUCAUGAUGUGGAAGCCAAACUGGACUCUUUCAAGUCGUUCGCCAAGAGGAUGGAUGAAGGGGUCCUCCAUCUGAACCAGACAGCUGGGGAAUUUGCCCGUAAGCAAGCCUCUGGGUUCAAGAAGGAGUACCAGAAGGUUGGUAUGGCCUUCAAGGGUUUGGGACAGGCUUUUGAGAUAGACCAGCAAGCCUUCUCAGCUGGACUCAAUCGGGCCAUGGCCUUCACUGGAGAGGCUUAUGAUGCCAUUGGAGAAAUGUUUGCUGAGCAGCCACGUCAGGAUCUGGAUCCCAUUAUGGACCUGCUGGCAGUCUACCAGGGCCACCUGGCUAACUUCCCAGACAUCAUCCAUGUCCAGAGAGGGGCGCUCACCAAAGUCCGAGAGAGUAAGAAGCACGUGGAAGAAGGCAAGAUGGAGCUUCAGAAAGCUAGCGACAUCCAGGAACGCUGUAACGUUAUUUCCUACGCCACCCUGGCGGAAAUACAUCACUUUCACAAAAUCCGAGUGAGGGACUUCAAGUCGCAAAUGCAGCAUUUCUUACAGCAACAGAUCGGUUUCUUUCAGAAGGUGACACAAAAACUGGAGGAAGCUCUUCACAAAUACGAUGCGGCUUAGGACGUCCGUGGGGACUCUGAACUUAUUCUCCCCAUUUAGGGGAUGGUUUAUUGAACUUGGGGCCGUAUCCACCCCUGCAAAAGAAACAAUCUGUUGCCAAUAAUUGGCGUUGGUACACGAAUAGUCGUACAAAUAUCUUUUGGCAUACUGUGAUGCAGAAACAUGGAACUGUACGUCCGUUCCAUAUAGUUCCAGCAUAGCACAUUUGUAUUUAAAUUAUAUUAUCUUUCCCUACACUACCGUUGUACCUGUGUUCUGGAAUGCUAAGUAUCACGUUCACGCGACGUAUAUUAUUACGGUGCAUACUUCCAAUCAGACUCUGAUUAACACAUGUAACACUUUGUUGCCUUUUUAUACUCUUAUAUCUGGAUUUAACAGAUCCUCUGUUUACAAAACUUCUACUUGAGCAACUAUUCUAUUUUGUGCCUUCUUUAGCAUUUUUUUUUCUAGUAAUAAAUUCAUAUUUUAUCAUGGAGUAUCAUUCCA